CGUUGUCUCUCAACUUCUGUUCUCCGGGUUCUAGACUGGAUCUAGACUCUAGAUCUAGAAUCUGGAUCUGAUCUAGUUCGUCUGAGGGUAGACAAAUUUAACUUGGGCCGUUGAUUAGAUAAGCUUUUGUGGUAUGACGAUGAUGGUUGAUAUGCUGUAAUGAUCAUAAUGGAAUUAACCUUGUCAAAGGCUGUAUCAUCAAAUAGAUAUUUAUUUAUCAACAUGGAUUAAACUACAUCUGAAAAUGGAAGCUAUGAAAAAUUUUAGUAAACAAGGCUAGCAAUUGAUCAAGAUCCUUGUAACCCAUCAGGGAAUUAUGAACUAUUAGUUAUCACAUGUGAAUAUUUAGCUAUUAUGGCUUCAGGAUUUUUGGAAAUUCAGAGUGAUCAAGAUUCAAAUCUGCCAAUAAACUUGACUAGUAACAACUUUACAGGUCAAAGAGACGAUUUAAUGGAGCUUCAAAUGAAUUUGAUAAGACAGGAUCCAAAAAGUUAUUUAAGUGAUGUUGAUGCGCGUCCUGAAGAAAAACAAUCUGUCUUAGAUGAGAGGCCAGAAAGUACAAAAUCUACACCUUGGCAGAGGUCUUCAUUAAAACACAUGCAUGACCUGUAUGAAACAGUGGCUGAAAUAACUGUGGAACCAUGUAGUAAAGAUGAGCCUGAUGUCAAGGCCUUUUUCAAGCUACUGAGAAACCAUAGACUUCAAAGCAAGCUGGUCUAUGUCCUGACUGUGGUCUCUAUUGUGGCGAUAUCACACUUUGUGCUAACAGUCAAGUGGCUUCUUCCAUACUACUACACCAUCACAACUCCAAUCUUAAUUUUUCUUAGGCUUAUAAUGUACUGGAAAAUGAAGUAUCAGUUUUUUAUGCUGGAUUUUUGCUAUUUUGCCAACACCUAUUGGUAUCUUUACAUCUGGCUGGCACCUGAAAAUCCUGAGUUUUUUGUUGUUGGUUUUGCUGUGGCAAAUGGUCCUCUAGUCUGGGCUCUCUUUGUCUUCAGAAACUCACUUGUGUUUCACAGCUUAGAUAAAGUUACCUCCCUUUAUAUACACCUUCUGCCAAGUCUCCUGUCAUUUGUAAUUCGAUGGUAUCCAGAAGAAACCUCAAAGUAUUGGGUGCGGCCGUUCAAGCAUCAUGAAAUAGGGUUCUCUUUCUAUUGGCUGGUCCUGCUACCGUUUAUUUUUGUAGUUUUACAUCAGGUAUUUUAUUUGAUCCUCGUGGAUUGCAUUUUAAAACCCAGUGAUGAAUAUCUGACCAUGUAUCGCUAUCUAACCAAUAAGGAAUCUUCUGUAAUAUUUCGCAUGUGCAAUAUGUUGGGUCAGAGAUUUCGCUUGCAGAUGUAUGUUGCCUGGGGACUGACAGUUGCUCUCAUCAUGCUGCUGUUCAAUCCAGUCUGGUAUAAUUUCUUCAUACCUCACUGUGUUGUUCUAGUUUUCUUUAUAAUUAUUGCCAUAUAUAAUGGUGCAACUUACUAUAUUGAUGUCUUCAGCCUAGAGGGCUUAGGUAAAAGUAAACAAUCAAAAUCAGAACUAGCCACAGCAAACAACGUUGUCUCACCAACUAAUGAUAAAAAGGUUUAUUCAGCCGUUGUUGACUAUAACAAGUCUGCAGAUAAUCUCAAGCCAGUCACUCCUGUUUAAUUUCUCAGAUGUAUUUUAUAAAAAGGAUGAAUGAUCUCAUUACACUCGUUGCUCCUAAUACAAAAGUCAUUUUGAAAACAAAAGUUUUUAAAUAUUUGAUUUUAGACACAGAAGAGAAGCAAUUGUUUUUUAAUCACUCUGCAUAAUCCUUUCACUCUCAUUACAGAACAUGGUUUUACAUGUUUUAAAAAAAAAAUUGUUUCAUGAAGUUUUGUAUAUAAUGAUUUCUAUCUUAGAUCUGCCCAUUCCAUAUUUAUCAAUGAAAACCCAGAGUUUGGUCAGUAUUAGAAUCUACAAUUUUGUGCUACAUUCCCAUUAGCUGUGAUUUCAGUAGAACAGCUCGUCUUGAUCACAUUUCUGUUUUUAUAAGCUGGUAUUAAUUUCCCAUACUUGAUACAUCUCUUGCUUGAUUCCAUCCUGUUUGAAUUUUUUCAAAGAAAGAUCUCUUUUUUUUUAAAAUAUAUUAUUUUUAAAAGUAAAAUGUUUUACAAUUUUUUUUUAACAUGCGAAUACAUAUUUAUUAAUUAUAUAACACAUAUUUAAAUUAGUUUUUAGUAAUGUGUUGUUGCUUAACAUAGGAAAUUUGUCAGUGCCCCAUACCUCAUUUUCCUAUUGAUGUUUAAGUGUGCUUCAUGCAGUAUACAAAUAUUUUUAGAGAUGAAUUGAUGUUAGCAUACAUAAACAGAUUAACCAUAUGCCACACUAAUCUACUUUAUUAUUUUACACCACAAGAAAAAAGGAAUGGCAUUACAAAUUAAGAACAUCUUGCCAUUUUGAAAAUAUAUUAAAAUUAAUAAAAUAACUAAGGUUUUUACAGUCAGCAUAUAUUAUUUUUCUAUCAUUCUGUUUAUUUGAAUUAAAUCAUAACCCCACAGUUUUACUGUUAUUACUACAACAAAUUGUUCCAUUGUUGAAUUCCAAAUGUGAAGAUGUCACUGUUGUGGUUCGGGUAAUAUUUUGUUGGUCCCUUCUUUCAUUAUUGUUUCUAUCAUUUUUUUGUUUAAUAUAAAAGUAUGCGGGUAUUAACAUGACAUGCAUUUUUUGACAUCCUAGUCAUUGUAAAAAUAAUUUAAAAAUUUUUAACAACCAUAUUUUACAUUUACAAAGCCUCAUAUCUUGUAUUAUACAUUACAGAAAGUAUUGAUGUAAUCAAAAUCCACCACCAAAAAUUGACCAAUAUGUUUAUUUUAUUUAACUGACUUUAGUGUUUUAAUCAUCUUAUAUUUCUUGCUAUAUUUGUUUCCUUAAAGGUUAAAGAAUUGUAUCAAUUUGUUAAAACUGAGUUAUCUGCCUUAGCUGUUUGCCUUUGUGUAUUGUGUGUGCAAGCAGGUGUUUAGAGUCUGUGUCCUGAUAUAAAUACUAUUAAAUCCAGUUAUCUAAUUUAAACUUGGUAUGGAAUUUUUAAAAUAAACACUUUUACAACA